GUUUGGCUUUGAUGGAUGCAAGAUUGAGCACAAAUAUGUUCAAUGUUCAAUCUGACAUCAAUUCAUUAUAAAAAAAUCUUAAUAUCACGUGAGAAUUUCAGCUCCUACGCAAGGAAUAAGAAUUUAAAAGUGCCUUGCUACUACGUAGUAUUUAAGUAGUCUGUACUGUGGUCACGUAUGGGCACAGUACCCUUUGCCUAUCCAGAAUGGAUAAAGAAAUUAAAAAAAAAUACACUGACAAACCGGUGACACGGUGACGUGACAUGACAACAAACAAGAAAUUUAAAAUAUUUUGGAAACAUUUCAUUUGGAUAUUAAUUUUUGCUCACUAUGUCGGGCUAUAAAGUGACGAGUUCUAUCAGUGUAGUAGUCCUUUUAUUGUGUUGUUGUUGUAGUGCUGAAACUUUAAAUGAUUCAUUCAAAUGGCCCACCGUCGGUAUUUCGGUGCUUGUGCGAAAUAAAGCUCACACUUUGCCCUAUUUUUUGACUUGCUUACAGAAUUUGGACUAUCCCAAAGAUCGACUUUAUAUCUGGAUAUACAGUGAUUAUAAUGAAGAUAAUAGUAUAGAAGUGUUAGAAAAAUGGGUGGAAAAGCAUGCCUUGAACUAUAAUGGUGUUGUACUUAAAACAAACAGGACAAGUGGUUUCCUUCAUGUAGAUGAGAAACAGUCUACUCAUUGGAGCCCUGAACACUUCAGGCAUGUAAUACGAUUGAGAGAAGAAGCGCUUGGUUUUGUAAGAAGGCUGUGGGCUGAUUACAUUUUUAUGUUGGAUGCAGAUGUAUUCUUGACCAAUAAUAAGACACUGAAAAAAUUAGUUGGUAAAGAUUUACCAGUGGUUGCACCAAUGCUAAUAUCUGAUGGAUUAUAUUCAAACUAUUGGUGUGGGAUGACAGAAAACUACUAUUAUAAACGCACAGAUGAUUACAUGCCUAUUAGGAACCGGGAAAAGCUGGGUUGCUUUGCCGUGCCAAUGGUACAUACAGCAGUACUCAUAUCUCUUAGAAGGAAGGACUCUGAGUUGCUGACAUAUGAUCCUAAUAAAAUACAUAACUACAGUGGACCUGAUGAUGACAUUAUAGCAUUUGCAAUCAAUGCCAAAAAUAAUGACAUUUCACUGCAUAUAUGCAACGACCACAUCUAUGGCUUCGUUCCUGUACCCUUAGAAGACAGUGAUGACCCAAAAAAUGAUAAAGAGCAACUUUUGAACAUAAAAUUGGAAGCGAUCAGCCGUCACAUGCCUCUUCCUUUGGAUGAAUCGUUAGCAGACCUGGUGGAGUACCCUCAGCCAUGGAAAUUUGGCUGUGGAGAGAUAUUCCUGAUCAACUUGGAGAGAAGAAAGGACAGACUGCAUCUGAUGGAAUUAAGCUUCAAAGAGCUUGGGAUGGAUGUGCAGCUGGUGAAGGCGUUUGAUGGAAGAAAUUUGGACAUGGACAACCUCAAGAAGCAUUCCAUAACACUGAUGCCCAACUAUGAGGAUCCUUAUCAUAAAAGACCGAUGAAAGCGGGAGAAGUGGGUUGUUUCCUUAGUCACUACAGCAUUUGGGAAGAGAUGGUAUCCCGCAAGAUAGAGACGGCUUUAAUACUGGAAGACGACUGCCACUUUGUUCCCUACUUCCGCCAUCGAAUGCUGCAGCUGCUGCACGAGCUUGAAAAGCUGGACUGGGAUCUUGUGUACAUAGGUCGCAAGAUUUUACUGGACGACGAAGAAGAACAGGUGUCGGAGCACACUCGCCGGCCGCUGUACUCGUACUGGACGCUGGGCUACCUGCUGAGCGGGCGCGGCGCGGGCAAGCUGCUCGCCGCCCGCCCGCUCGCCAGCGUGCUGCCCGUUGACGAGUUCCUGCCUAUCAUGUUCGACCGCCACCCCGAUGAGUCUUGGAAAGCGCACUUUCCGAAUCGCAACCUGAUAGCUCUGUCCGCGAGCCCUUUGCUCGUGCACCCCACACACUACACCGGCCAGGAAGGAUACGUGAGUGACACGGAGGACUCGCAUGUCGUUGAUACGGACAACGUACGCACAGAGCUUUGAAACGUUUAUAUGGCAUAAUACAAACUAGUGACCGCCCGCACUUCGACCGCUUGAACUUUAGUUUUUUAAGUAUUCCAUAGGAACGUAACAUUUUCCGGGAUAAAAGCAUCGUACGUUUCAAUCCAGGUUAUAAACUAUAUGCGUACCAAAUUUCAACCAAAUCCGUUCAGUAGUUUUUGCGUGAUUGAGAAAGAAACAAACACGCAAACACAUAAACAUUCACAUUUAUUAUAUUAGUACAAUAAAGUAGUGACCGCCCGCGACUUCAUCCGCUUGUAUUUAGUUUUUUGAGAAUCCCAUAUGUACGUAACACUUGUCCUGGAAAAAAAAUCCUAUGUCUUAACCCAUGCCAUGAACUAUAUGCGUACCAAAUUUCAUCCAAAUCCGUUAAAGACUAAGUUUCUGUUCUCGGGCUUGUAAUCCAAUGUGUUACAUAGUUAUAGUUUUCAGAAAAGUUGUUUAUAUUAAAGCUC